GCCUGGGGUGCACGGAGGAAGCUCAGGGGCUGUUCGGUCCGCUUCCAGAACCAGUCUCCAGCCCUGGGUAUGGUCUGUAGGGGCCCAUCCUGGAGCAUUAAAGUAAGGAUCUUCUACUUGAAACAGAUCUGAGUUUCAGAGUGAAACUUUCGGUUAACUUGAGCUUGCUCCUGAGCCCCCAUGACCUAGUAAAGGUAGAAUAUCCCAAGCAGUGGGAAUCCAUUGUGGAAGACACUCAUCCGACAUGAGACCUUUGACCAGGGCUUCAUGGCAGAGCCUGGACACUGACGUGAUGGUGCAGGUCUUGGAGCUGUUGGCCUUGGAGUAAUUCCUGUCCCUUCCACCUGGAGAAACAGAACAGAAUGAAAACAGCAAGAAGGAGGUAACCAUGGAGGAUUUGAUCCAGAUGCUUGAAGAGAAAGCUCUACAUUUGCAGGAUUCUGCCCUUUCUCAUCUGGGAGACACAGAGGAGAAGGACUCUGGGAUCCUGAUGACCAGGUCUCAGGAAUCAUUGACAUUCAAGGAUGUGGCUGUGGACUUCACCCAGGAGGAAUGGGGAUGGCUGGAUCCUGCCCAGAGGGGCCUGUACAGGGACGUGAUGUUAGAGAACUAUGGAAACCUGGUCUCAUUGGGGCAUCAAGUUUCCAAACCGGAUAUGAUCUCUCAGUUGGAGCAAGGAAAAGAACCCUGGAAGGUAGAGAGAAAAGCCUCAGGAGACAUCUGCUCAGACUUGGAGACUGUGAAGGAAAGCAAGGUGCCAUCUCCACAAGAGACCAUUUCUGAAGAAACAUCAUCACAGGAAGCAGCAAUGGAGAGUCUCGUAAGGAGUGGUCUCUGGUACUCUAAGUUAGGAAUAGCCAGACUAUCUGACAGCCACUUGGGGAAACAGCAGGGAAUCCAAGAAAAAUAUUUGAAGGAAACACCCAUCAGCUGUAGAAACACCCUCAUAGGCAAGAGAGAUCCUGAAUGUAAUGAGUUUGGGAUAUUCUUUGGACAGAACUCAGUCCCUAUUAAGCAGCAGACUGGUCUGAUAGGAAACCAAUACCAUAAAAGAGGUAAAUAUGAAGAAAUCAUCAAACAUAAUUCAGAACUAAUUAAUAAGCAAAGAAAGUUUUUAGGGAUGAAGGUUCACGAAUACAAUGAAUGUGGGAAAGACUUCAGUAGAAAUACACAUCUUAUUCAACAUCAGAGAAUCCAUACUGGUGAGAAACCCUUUAAAUGUCAUAAAUGUGAAAAGGUUUUCAAUGAACAUUCAUACCUUAUUAAACAUGAGAAAAUUCAUACUGGAGAAAAACCUUAUGAAUGCAAUGAUUGUGGGAAAGCCUUCAUUUGGAAAACACAACUUACUGAACAUCAGAGAAUCCAUACUGGAGAGAAACCCUAUGAAUGUAAUGAAUGUGGGAAAGCCUUCAGAUUGAAUACAAUCCUUACUCAACACCAGAGAAUUCAUACUGGAGAGAAACCCUAUGAAUGUAAUGAAUGUGGGAGAGCUUUCAGUCAGUCUGCAAACCUUAUUCAGCAUCAGAGAACUCAUACUGGAGAAAAACCAUAUGUAUGUAAGGAAUGUGGGAAAGCCUUUAGCAGAAGUACAAAUCUUACUGAACAUCAGAGAAUUCAUAUUGGAGAGAAACCCUAUAAAUGUAAUAUGUGUGGGAAAAGUUUCAGGAAAAGUGAAAUCCUCACUAAACAUCAGAGAAUUCAUACUGGAGAAAAACCUUUUGAAUGUCAUGAAUGUGAGAGAACUUUCAGCCAGCAUGCACACCUUAUUGGACAUCAGAGAAUUCAUACUGGAGAAAAGCCCUAUGAAUGUGACCGAUGUGGGAAAGCCUUCAGAUUGAGUACAAAUCUUGCUCAACACCAGAGAAUUCAUACUGGAGAGAAACGUUAUGAAUGUUAUGAAUGUGAGAGAACUUUCAGCCAGCAUGCACACCUCACUGAACAUCAAAAAAUCCAUACUGGAGAGAAACCCUAUAAAUGUAAUGAAUGUGGAAGAGCCUUCAGCCAGAGUCCAGCCCUUGUUCGACAUCAGAGAAUUCAUACUGGUGAGAAACCCUUUGGGUGUCAUGCAUGUGGGAAGGCAUUCAGUGAUAGAUCAUCCCUUACUAAACACCGGAUGAUACAUACUGGAGAAAAACCCUUUAAAUGUCAUGAAUGUGGGAAAACCUUCAGUCGGAAUUCAGACCUUACUCGGCAUCAGAGAAUUCAUACUGGAGAUGAUAAGAUCCUUGGAGUUUGACAGCUUUCAGAUAGAGACCCUUUUAAUACCAAAAGAGCAAGGGCUAGCAAGAACCAAACUGGCGUCAAAAGAUGUUACAGUUGAACGGGAGUCAUUCUGU